AUGGUGAAAGAUUUAAAUUGUAAUUUUGAUCGCCGAGCGGUGGAUUGCCUUUGGGCAAACGAUGAAAGUGAAGCGGAUAAUCAGGAUUGGCUGAUUGGAUCAUCACCGAUCAAUAAACACAAAUUCGUUUCGUUAACCGGAAUCGAGCAAAUGCCAGUUGGUGAAUUCGCAUUCGUCCGACUUGAGUCCGGUCAUUCAGCAACAUUAUUGACCGAACCGAUCAGAUGUGUAACUGAUGAAGCAAUACUAACAUUCAGGUUCUGGCACACCGAAUCAGCGCAGUUAAGUGUUUGUUUACUGGAAGAGAAAAUGCCCGAAAUAAUAGACUGUCAACCGAUAGUUCUACCACAGCCUGGACCAGCAGUGGUUGAUAUACCCGGUAUGGGACAUUCAUUUCGAAUCGCGUUCAAAGCUGAAUCAAGUGAGCAGUCAAAAGGAAUGAUAAUGAUCGAUGAUAUCUCUGUACAGGGGAAUAUCUGCCCGUCAUCACUACGACAGCACGGUAUUAAGACGUCUAGUUUCAAAUCUGUCGAAGUGCCAGAUCAAAAUGUCUGUCAAUUGCUGUCAUGUCAAUUCGUGAAAGGACAAAUGUGUUUGUACAAAAGCGGCCGAGUUACACUGUCACAAAGUCAAUUCCAACCGUCUGACGGUACAGUGUUCGCGAAAUUGUUCACGAGAGGGCGAAUCGCCGUUCUUGAAUCACCAACGUUCACGUUGAAUGCGCCAGCAAGAGUGCAUUUCAGUUAUCGAAAAGAGUUCGGUUCACCAGAAUUGUUCAUUUGUCAAGACAGCGCAACGAAGGAAUUGGAGAAUUGUUUCGAAAUCGGUUCAAAUUCGAACACGACCGAAUGGACGAACGAUUUCAUGGAGAUUCUACCGAGUGAUACAAAAUUCUACGUGUUCGCUAAGCUGACCGAAAAUAUGCGUAAAGCGCAAUUAGCACUGAAAAAUUUUACUGUAACUGAUCUCGACGAUAAUCUCGUUUGUUCGUCAUCGUAA